CUUCGGGGCGGGGUUCGCGUCGUUCCGGGCGCGGUUAAGGAGGCCAGAUGGCCUGCGGGCGCCACCGAGUCCCUGGUUCCAGCCCAGGCUCGCUGCCGAGGCUCAGAUGCGAGCGGCAGGGGACCGGGACCAUUCCGCAAGAGAAGAACCGGAGAAGACCCGCGGCCCCAAAGCCGCUGGCGACGUCUCUCCAGCCUUGAGUUCCCCAAAGUCAGCCCCUCUUCUAGGCACGGGUGCCCCGGGACCCCGGGGGCUGCUGAGCUGGGGGGGCGUCCGAGCUGCGAGGAUCCGGGCUGCCCGCGAGACGAGGAGCGGGCGCCCAGGAUGGGAUGCGUGAAGUCCAAGUUCCUCCGGGGCGGAGGCAAGAACUCCACAAAAGAUGAGUCAGGCACCAACCCGCACGGCCCAGUGUACGUGCCAGAUCCCACUUCCUCACUCAAGCCGGGCUCUAACAGCAGCAACGGCAACCCCCCAGGGUCUGCAGAUGCAGGUUCUGAGGACUUCAUCGUGGUCGCCCUGUAUGAUUAUGAGGCCAUUCACCACGAAGACCUCAGCUUCCAGAAGGGGGACCAGAUGGUCGUCCUAGAGGAGUCUGGGGAGUGGUGGAGGGCUCGAUCCCUGGCCACCAAGAAAGAAGGCUACAUCCCCAGCAACUACGUCGCUCGUGUCAACUCUCUGGAGACAGAAGAGUGGUUCUUCAAGGGCAUCAGCCGAAAAGAUGCAGAGCGCCACCUCCUGGCUUCUGGCAACGUGCUGGGCUCCUUCAUGAUCCGGGACAGCGAAACCACCAAAGGAAGCUACUCUUUGUCCGUGCGAGACUACGACCCCCAACUAGGAGAUGCAGUGAAGCAUUACAAGAUCCGCACCCUGGACAAUGGGGGCUUCUACAUCUCCCCGCGAAGUACCUUCAGCACCCUGCAGGAGCUGGUGGCCCACUACAAGAAGGGGAGUGACGGGCUCUGCCAGAAGCUCUCAGUGCCCUGCGUGUCCUCCAAGCCCCAGAAGCCGUGGGAGAAAGAUGCCUGGGAGAUCCCCCGGGAGUCCCUCAAGAUGGAGAAGAAACUCGGAGCUGGGCAGUUUGGGGAAGUCUGGAUGGCCACAUACAACAAGCACACCAAGGUGGCGGUGAAGACGAUGAAGCCAGGGAGCAUGUCGGUGGAGGCCUUCCUGGCAGAGGCCAACCUGAUGAAAACCCUGCAGCACGACAAACUGGUGAAGCUGCAUGCCGUGGUCACAGAGGAGCCCAUCUUCAUCAUCACAGAGUUCAUGGCCAAAGGAAGCCUGCUGGACUUCCUGAAAAGUGAGGAAGGAAGCAAGCAGCCCUUGCCAAAACUCAUCGACUUCUCAGCCCAGAUUGCAGAAGGCAUGGCCUUCAUCGAGCAGAGGAAUUACAUUCACCGAGACCUCCGAGCUGCCAACAUCUUGGUCUCCGCAUCCCUGGUGUGUAAGAUUGCUGACUUCGGCCUGGCACGAGUCAUUGAGGACAAUGAGUACACAGCUCGGGAAGGGGCCAAGUUCCCCAUCAAGUGGACAGCUCCUGAAGCCAUCAACUUUGGCUCCUUCACCAUCAAGUCAGAUGUCUGGUCUUUCGGUAUCCUGUUGAUGGAGAUUGUCACCUACGGCCGUAUCCCUUACCCCGGGAUGUCAAACCCCGAGGUGAUCCGGGCACUGGAGCGUGGAUACAGGAUGCCCCGACCUGAGCACUGCCCCGAGGAGCUCUACAACAUCAUGACGCGCUGCUGGAAGAACCGCCCCGAGGAGCGGCCCACCUUCGAGUACAUCCAGAGCGUGCUGGACGACUUCUACACAGCCACCGAGAGCCAGUACCAGCAGCAGCCAUGACAGGCGGGCCAGGAUCCAGGAGCGGCCUGCGAAGUGUCUCCAGAAUCACAGGCCGGGGCCCAUUCACCCUUUGUACUCCCUGACAUAACCCUCACUCCAGCCACACUUCCGUCUCUGUCAAAUGGGUGGGUUGGACUGGACAGUCUCUUUUUGACUCUAGCAACCCGCAGCCUGCCGUUCUCAGGAAACCCCCUAGUUGGUAUUUCUCUUGCCUGGGAUGGUUGAGUGCCAGUAACAGCUGUGGUUUGGAUGGGAAAUUUUAAAAAUAAUGAAACAAAUAUUUAAAUAAAAGAUAUAUACCAAAGGUUUUACCUAAA